AGCAGCAGCACCAGGAGUUGCUGGGCUUGCAGCGAGCUUCCAGCCCCGGUGUUUGGUGCGGAGUGAGUCAUCUCCCUUCUGCUCACGUGAUCGCUGAGAGCGGCAAUAUUCGCAGAGCAGUUACCUCGGGUCCUCGCAUAGUCACCUUAUCCCCGUUUUACAGAUGAGGAAACUGAGACCCAAAGAUUCCGGAGAGCCUGCCCCGAGGUCACCGCCGGGGUCCGGAUGUCUCCAAAGGUUCUCUGGCUCCUCCGGAAUUCAAAAGGAGGCGGGGGGAAUCCGCGCGAGCAGGGGGUGGGGCCGAACCGGCAGCCCCUGCCAGGCGGCCCGGCUGCUGCUGCCCAGCCUGGACUGUGAGCCGCGCCAGCUCAGGGCCGACGACUGCUUUUGCGCUUCUCGGAAGCUGGAUGCAGUGGCCAUCGAGGCCAAGUUUAAGCAGGACCUGGGCUUCCGGAUGCUGAACUGCGGACGGACAGACCUGGUGAAGCAGGCGGUGUCUCUGCUGGGGCCCGAUGGGAUCAACACCAUGAGCGAGCAGGGCAUGACCCCCCUGAUGUACGCCUGCGUCCGUGGGGACGAGGCGAUGGUUCAGAUGCUGCUGGAUGCCGGAGCUGACCUGAAUGUGGAGGUUGUCAGUUCUCCUCAUAAAUACCCAUCCGUCCACCCUGAGACCCGCCAUUGGACGGCUCUGACUUUUGCUGUGUUGCAUGGACAUAUUCCUGUAGUCCAGCUUCUCCUGGAUGCUGGGGCCAAGGUGGAAGGCUCGGUGGAGCACGGCGAGGAGAACUACUCAGAAACACCCCUGCAACUCGCAGCCGCUGUAGGAAAUUUUGAACUGGUUAGUUUGCUGUUGGAGCGUGGUGCGGACCCCCUGAUAGGAACCAUGUACAGGAAUGGAAUUUCUACAACCCCCCAGGGUGAUAUGAACUCUUUCAGCCAGGCUGCAGCCCAUGGACACAGGAAUGUGUUCCGCAAACUGCUCGCUCAGCCAGAGAAGGAGAAGAGUGAUAUCCUGUCCCUGGAGGAGAUUCUGGCCGAGGGGACUGACCUGGCCGAGACGGCCCCGCCCCCCCUGUGUGCCAGCCGCAACAGCAAGGCCAAACUGAGGGCCCUGAGGGAGGCCAUGUAUCACAGCGCUGAGCAUGGCUACGUGGAUGUCACGAUUGAUAUCAGGAGCAUAGGUGUCCCCUGGACUCUGCACACAUGGCUGGAGUCUCUGCGGAUCGCCUUCCAACAGCACCGCAGGCCCCUCAUCCAGUGCCUGUUAAAGGAGUUCAAGACCAUCCAGGAGGAAGAGUACACGGAGGAGCUCAUCACCCAAGGCCUGCCGCUCAUGUUCGAGAUCCUGAAAGCAAGCAAGAAUGAAGUGAUCAGUCAGCAGCUCUGCGUUAUCUUCACCCACUGCUACGGGCCCUACCCCAUCCCCAAGCUCACGGAGAUCAAACGGAAGCAGACCUCGCGCUUGGAUCCUCAUUUUCUUAACAAUAAAGAAAUGUCUGAUGUUACCUUUCUGGUUGAAGGAAGACCAUUUUAUGCUCACAAAGUGCUGUUAUUUACAGCCUCCCCAAGGUUCAAAGCGCUCCUCUCCAGCAAGCCGACCAACGACAGCGCCUGCAUAGAGAUCGGCUACGUGAAGUACCCCAUCUUUCAGCUGGUCAUGCAGUGCCUCUACUACGGCGGCCCUGAAUCACUUCUCAUUAAAAACAACGAGAUAAUGGAGCUUCUGUCUGCUGCGAAGUUUUUCCAGCUGGAGGCUUUGCAGCGACACUGUGAGAUCAUCUGUGCAAAGAGCAUCAACACCGACAACUGCGUGGACAUUUACAACCACGCCAAGUUUCUUGGGGUCACUGAGCUCUCGGCAUACUGUGAAGGCUACUUUCUCAAAAACAUGAUGGUCCUCAUUGAAAACGAAGCGUUCAAGCAGCUCCUGUAUGACAAAAAUGGUGAAGGGACGGGCCAGGAUGUGCUCCAGGACUUACAGAGGACGUUGGCCAUCAGGAUUCAGUCCAUCCACUUGUCGUCUUCCAAAGGCUCCAUUGUAUGAAACGCAUCAUGCAGCGAAUGCGUCUGGGAACUUGCAGUCUCCAGCUGCGUUGGCGUCACCCAAACACGUACAAAUUCCACCUAGUGAAUGUUUCUGACGAGGCCAAGGAGCUGCCUCUACUGCCUCAGUUUCUGGUGAACAGGCAAAUUCGGCUCCCGUGUUCCUGUUGAAACACAAAGGACAUUCCGCUGGUCUGCGAUCAGACCACAGCUGGGUGCGGAGCGUGAACAUCAGCGUGGGGCGACCAAGCUAACCCACCUGGAAACACUCCUGGGGUGUGGAACCAACACCCAUUGCCAGAUGGAUCAAGGCCUUGGUGGGGAGGGGGGUCAUUCCAGUUCCAGGGUGACAGAGAACUUAAUGUCCCAUCCCUAAAGAACAUUAUACUACACAUCUGGGACCUUGGGAGCUGCCACAUGGCAAGAGUCACCCAUGGUAGCAAAUUGGCGAGGCCGUGGCCCAUCACGAGGAGACCAUUUGGCAAAUUUUUAGGGGUGGGAACUUUUUAAAAUGUUCAUAAAAGUUUAAAAAAAAAAAAAAAACAGGGCAGUCUUGUAGUUUCAAAUAUAUUUCUAAAAGCUUAACAGUUGGUUUUCAACUGAAAUGUGUUUAGGGAUCUGUGUUUUGAGGUUUUCUUUUUUUUUCCUUUUUCUUUUGUUUUUUUAAACAUUAUGUCACAGGUCCACACUGUGUACACAUGCAUCUGAUGAGCUAUCGCUGAUCCCUGUACGAGGUGAAGUCAUCUCGCCCUAGCGGCCAUGGUUACACAAAGGAGGUGCACUGCCAAUAAUUAACUGUCUCAGUAAUCGAAAACAACCUGCAUGCUAGUCGUGGUUUCGGGGUGAGACGAGAACACCCCCACAUAACCCAACAUGCAUUUGCAUGGGCCUGAACCUGUGAAACGUUACAUUUGUGCUUCAUUUUUGCCAAGGUAAAAACGUCCCAUCGCUUCUUGCUAGAAGUCCAUUUGGUGAAACGGACAUACCCCUUCCUUUUCCUAAGUACGAAUGAUUCCGGGAUGCUUUUGCAGAAAUAUAUUCAUAGAUGAUACCGAAUAGGGGGGUGGAGGGAGCACGUCCGAGAAUUUACUAUUAAUCUCAGAGUUUUCUCGUAUUCUCAGAAGAUGUUAAUAGUUUGUUACUAGCCAGAGAGUAUGACUAUGUUAGAUUAUUUUUAAAGACGAACUAUGUAUGAUAGGCUGGAUUCUUUCUGUAUCCCGAGAGUGUACAGUAUAGAGAGUUUAUAUUGACAGGGUUCCGUUUGCUCUGCCAUAUAUUAUAAGCAGAAGUGAUGAGCGAAGUGCCACGGUCUUCCAGAUACGUUCUUCAGCUGCUGCCCUCUCUCGUCCCUUCAUUUGAAACCUAGGUACAUCCAGUAAAGACUAGGAGAAUGCCUUGUACCCUUCUGGAUGGCAGAGCUAUGUUGAUUAACCCAUGUCCUAGCAUGCCUUCAGGAUGUCGUGCCAGAACCUAGAUCCUAAAGGAGCUGCCGCCCUCAUUCCCUGAGCCAUCGUCCAGAGGACCGUGUCCUGUCCUGUACCGUGGUCGUGGCCUGCAGAGUACCCAAGCCACGUCUGUCUAGGCAUCGGCUCCUCCGUGACGCUGAUGCACUGGCCCCCAGCCCCCACCAUCAGAUGAGGAAGGAAAAAUAAAACUGCCUGUGGAGAAGCCCCCGCUGCAGAUCCACGGUGUGUGCGUGGGGACUGCCGCCUGCCUCUGCCCUCCUGCGAUGUGCGGAGCCACUGUGUGGGCGUUCCCUACCCUCGUGGCCUGCCCUGUGACUGUCCAGCUCAGGGCCUCCGGGCAUUGGUUUGUACAGUGGCAGCUCCCUGCAGGGGCUUCUGUUAUAGUUCGGUGUGCUUUCUCUGUCAUUAAAAGAAAUGAUUUUCCCAA